AUGGCGCCCCACGAAGUACCCAAGCAUUCGGUGUCGAAAACGAAACAGGAACGCAUACGUGAUAACCAGAGACGAAGUCGUGCUCGCCGUGCAGAGUACCUAGCCGAGCUGGAGAGGCGUCUGAAAGAAUGUCAUGGUAUUUGUCGCGAGGCAGAUUUGCAACGCCUAGCCUUUGCCGACCUCCAAGCCGAGAACACUCGACUACGGACUCUCCUAAGCAGCGCCGGACUCGACCCGGAUGCAGCUGGCUCUUUGUCUCAAUCUGGAGUACCUUGUGCUCGCGGCAACAUCACAGCAGUUUCGAAUCGGAAUCUCAAACCCAAGUUCCAACAUACCGAUAUGCAUCAGUCAAGUUCUGUGGCACAAUACAAGCAGGAAUACGAACGCUCUCCUUGCCCAGUACCAUCAUCGUCCUUGUUCGAUGCGAACCAGACCACUGCCUUCCCCGAGGUUUGUCUUCCGUACGACAACUACCGCAACUAUCCUUUGGCCUUGAAUGACUCUUCCUUGGCACCAACGCCCCCAUAUUUGGUCAACACAUCCCCGUCUCCUUCAUACGAAUGGCUGCUUGGCCCAGAUGUGGUUCGUUCCACAACGUCCAGCGAGAGUGGACUGGGCACUGACCUCUUUCACGACCCCUGUGUUUUGCCCCUUCUGCCAACCACCGAGGGCAUGAUAUCAUCCUCAGUUACGAGGGGUGUGCGUGACCAAGACGAGCCUGAGCUCUCAGAAAUGGACGGAAUGCAGGCACGAGAAUCUCGUUCAUUUGGUUCUAUUUCACUUACUCAAUGA